UUAUAUUUAUGCUAAACAAAGACAAUAAGGCACUUAUUCAGACUACUAAUGAAAUUGCGCUGGCAUAUAAAAAUCCAGAUAUGACACAUAAUAAUGUGGAAAAACCUAGAGCACAUUUAACAGGCACAAAGCAAGAUUAUUCAAGUCAGCAGAACCAAACUCUACAGUGGGAGCAUUAUCGUGGACUGGCCUUCACCGAAUUUGGGAUGGAAUAUAGCAACAGAUCUCUGCACAUUCCGAAAACAGGGUACUAUUACAUUUAUGCGCAAGUAUCUUUUCGUUCAGUUGGCUAUGAAUGCAGCGCUAACGAUCAGAAGGCAAGUAGGAAAAAAUUCAUUUCUCAGAUGAUUGCAAAGAUAAAUGAUAACUACCCGGAACCAGAGGUUUUGCUUAGUGGGACUAAGUCACUUUGUGAAAAGGAAAGUGAGAUGCACCAUCCUAUCUAUUUGGGAGCUCUUCUUUACAUGAUGGAAGGGGACCAGAUUAUGGUGAACGUAAGCGAUAUCAAACUCGUUGAUGUCACUGUGGAACACAGAACUUACUUUGGAGCGUUUCUGGUAUAG